UUAAGGUUUCUUUGAAACAGAUUGAAUUGUGAGAUCUGAUCUGAUGAUGAUGGAAGAAGGCGAAAUGAAGAGUUUGAUGGUGGUAUGGAGCACAGUGUUGGGUUGUCUAUGCUAUUGCCACGCCAUUGAUAAGCUUCUUCUUCUCCCCAAACCCAAACCCACCAUUACAAGAGCUCUCUCUCUCAUCCCAGUUGCCUGUCUCUUCAUCGUUCUCCCUCUCAACCUCCACUCCAUCACUCUCGGCGCCACCUCUUCUUUCUUCAUUGCAUGGCUCGCCAGCUUUAAGCUUCUCCUCUUCGCGUUUGGCGAUGGCCCUUUGGCUUCUUCCCCGCCGCUCCCUCUCUCCUCCUUCAUUCUCUUGGCUUGUCUGCCCAUCAAGUUUCAGAGCUUGCAGGAGCCAUCAUCAUCAUCGCAGCCCAAGAAAGCUCGGAGGUCUUCCGUUAAUCAUUUGACGAAAUUCAUGUUGAUGGUGAUCUUGUUUCGUGUGUAUAACUACCAACAAUACAUUCAUCGGAAUCUGCUACUGUUCUGCUACGGCCUCCACAUUUACCUUUCUCUUGAGCUCAUGUUGGUGGCGAUCGCCGCCGCCGUCAAGGCGGCGACGGGAAUGGAGGUGGAGGCGCCGUUCGACGAGCCGUACCUGGCGACGUCGCUGCAGGACUUCUGGGGGAGGAGGUGGAACCUGAUGGUGACCGGCAUCCUGCGCCCCGCGGUGUACGCGCCGGUGAAGUCGGCGUCGGGGCGGGUAUUGCCGGUGGAGUGGGCGGCGGCGGCGGCGGCGGUGAUGGCGACGUUCUUGGUGUCGGGGGUGAUGCACGAGCUGAUUUUCUACAACGUUGGGAGGGUGAGGCCCAGCGGGGAAGUGUUGGGGUUCUUUCUGCUGCAUGGGGCGUGUUUGGGUGUGGAAAUUGGGGUGAAGAAAUGGUUGAAAGGUAGUGGGAGGUUUUGGGUGCCUGGUUUUGUGUCGGGGCCAUUGGCGCUUUGCUUUGUGAUUCUCACGAGCUUUUGGCUGUUCUUCCCACCAUUGUUGAAGAAUAAGGGUGAUGUGAAAGCAUGCUGUGAGUUCCUUGCUUUUGUGGAGUCUGUCAAGCAUCAUACAUUAGUUAGUCCCAAUAACAUCACCUGCCCUUUCUUCUCAUCACGUGAUGUUAAGAAUUCGAGCCCCAAUUUGAAUACACCAUACUAA